CAAAAUAUCAGUCUUGAUUGUGCCUUACUUAAGGAUACAGACAGCUGUAGUAAGAAUCUCCCGUAGAAUCCGUAACAAUACAUCUUUAAAGCAUGGCGGAAAAACGUUAUAAUUUAACCACUGAUGAUUGUAAUGUGAUCGUCCGUGCUGACCCGAAGAUAGGUGGUGAAGUAUUGAAAGUGACCAAGUAUGAGUCGGAACAAGUACCAGGUCAACCGGGAUACUUAGGCGAAUAUAACUAUCUGACUAUCUAUUAUAAAACAGUACAUGAAACUAUCAUGCGUGGUAGAUAUUUUAUGAAAUCGCUUCCAUACCACGAUGUGGUGCUAACGAAAGCCGUGGAAGAAUGGGGCGUGUUUCGCAAAGAAGCAGAAUUAUACUGCCAACUUUUUAACAAAUAUGAACGAGACCCGAACAAAGUGAUCAAGUGGGUUCCGGACUGUCUUCUGGCACGUAAUAAUUUGAUCGUAAUGGAAGAUCUAACGAGUGCGGGAUAUCGAACGACCGAGUUUCAAAAUUCACUCGACGAACAACAUAUGAAACUAGUGUUCGAUCGAUUGGCCCAGAUGCACGCCUGUUCUUUACACUUUGAAGCAAAUCAGUUGGAUGGACAAUCUAUUGAAUCUUUGUACGGUAAAAGAAUAUUGUUCGAAACCACAUUCACGCCGACAAGUGGGUGGUUCGUAGCUGGAUUAAAGGGAAUUCAAAAAGUGGCACUAGAGAGAAACCAUUACUCUAAUGAUCCGACUAAAAAGGCUAUUAUCGAGGAUCAGCUGUGGAGUAAUCUGGAGCGCAUUUAUACAUUAACAGAAAGUACAAACGAAUUUCGUUCCGUGGUGGUGCACCGUGACCUGUGGGUUAACAAUAUAAUGUUUAAAUACGACCAAACCGGUGAGCUGCAGCAUAACGAGCCGAAAGAUUGCAUAUUGGUCGAUUUUCAGCUGGCACGUUAUUUACCACCAUCCGUUGAUUAUUUGAGCGCUCUGUACCUUCUAACCGACAGUGCACAUCGCACUCAAUAUGAGGAAAAAUACGACGAAUAUUAUUACAAUUCCCUGCAACAGAAGCUAUCUCUGCUUGGACUGAACGGUUCUGCGAUUCUACCACAAGAGCAGUUUAGAAAAUCUUUAAACCAUUACCGUCUACUUGCACUUGUUUGGACUGGUGUUCUUCACGGAUUUGUAAACUUUCCCAAAGGUGUAUUAGACAGGCUUCAUCAUGAAGAUCCAGAAACGUAUACCCGUAUGUCGAUGGAAAAUCGAGAUGAUUUCAUCAUAAAAUAUUACGAUAGUGAUCGUUUCUAUCGUGAUCGGUUUAACGAUCUUGUUACGGAAUUGUUGCAGCACUUGUUUGAUUUUAAAUAACUCAUAAUACAGUGUGUGAAAUUAAACAUAUUAAGCAUUAUAAUAAAAACAUUGCAAUGCUCAAUUAA